AACGGAAUUUAUAAAAGAAUGGAACAGUAAGUUUAGUUAAGAAAUAAUUGCAAAUAUUUUUUGAGGUUAUAUCUCAACACGAUAGCACACUCGAGGUUGUCCAUAUAUUAAAUAAUAGAUAAUGAGAUUUUGAUCAAGAUAAUUCAGAAGAAUACAGGAACUUUGCAAUGAUUAAAAAACAGAGCUAAACUUAAAUUCGAAUUGAAAAUAAGAGCUCUUCACUGGAUCAUUGAUCGCAAAGAAAUCUGCUUAGCUAGGGAUCGAUGUUUUAAGCUAAUACUAAUUUUAAAUCUUAUUUUCAACAGAAAAAAAUACUUGAAAGUCAUCAUUUUUGGUUUGAUGAUUUAUACCAUUAUGAAUUCUUCCGAAGCAGCAACUGUAAGCGGUUAUUUAGAAAAUGCAAUAUGGAAAAAUUUCAACAUGAGACUUUGGACAUUUAAAAUUUACAAUAAUGUGCCAAUUGCUGAUGAUUACACAGAUAUUUUCACACAAAAACGUGAAUGCGCUAAAGGUUUUAGCUCUCAAUCAAAUAAGGAUAUUAAAUUUUUGCCCGUAAAUGUUUUUAAAAAAUUUCCAAAUUUGGUUGCUUAUCGAGUAAACAAUGGUAAAGUUAAAAGUAUUUCAGCGAAACAUUUCGAGAAUCUUGGAGAGCUUCGAUAUUUAAAUUUAUAUGACAAUCAAAUAUCUACUAUUUCAAAUAAUGCUUUUAAAGAUUUAAAGAAACUAAAAAUAUUAAAUUUGGAGAAAAAUAUUUUAAAAAGCAUUCAUGCUUAUACAUUUUAUUCACUUAAUAAUUUAAGAAUUUUAUAUCUCAACAAAAAUCAAAUCGAAACUGUUUCAAUUUAUUCAUUUGACCACUUGACUGAAUUACAAAAUGUUUCAUUAGCAAACAAUAAAUUAGAGUCAUGGAACGGAGAUUAUUUAUCAGAAAAUAAAAAACUUGAGUAUAUUUGGUUACAUGAAAAUAAGAUCAUAAAUAUAAGUCCAACAUCCUUCGAUGAAAUGAAUAAUUUGAAAUAUGUAGACUUGCGGAAUAAUCAGUGCAUCAACAAUUACUAUGGCACAAAAAAAUUCUCAUCAAUGAAGGAAAACAUUCAAGAAAAUUGUCAGGCAAAAGGAUCUUUUGAAGAAUCAGAUGAAAAUGAAUAAAUAUAAAAUUUUAAAAAUUGGACUUGCAGUUUAUGCUGUAGUCGUUAAUUUCAUUUGUUAUUUU